AUAUGAGGGUUUCUGAGACUCUACCAACUAGAGUCUUUGAAGACUAUACCAAGGGUAUAAAGUUCUUGCAGUUCGUCUCCCGCUCGUUUCGUUUCUUCUCCCUCCAAAUUCGGAAUCAUCAAUCGAUUAACCGCCUCCCAUUCUACAACUUCGUAACUGCCGUAAAACCGCCGCACUUCUUAACUGCCGUCCCGUACUAUAUAAUUGAUAGGAGGUUGAAGUUUUUUCUUGCGAGAGGAAGUUGGUGAAUUGCGAAAUCUCAGGAUGGUCUUCAAAAAGGGUCACACCGGAUCAAAUAAGCAAUGGAAAUUUGCAAUGAAUGAAGUUUUUAAGGAUAAACCUCCCCAGGUACCCGGCACUAGUAACCGUAAGAAGUAUGUGGAACCGGAAAUUGAUGAAGAUGAUGAAGAGUACGAGGAAGAUCUCGUUGGAUCAGGGGAUGAUAGUGAAGAUACACCAUAUGAAGAGGAGGGUGAGGAGUUAGAGGACGAAGAAGAAGACGACGACGAAGAGUAUGUAGAUGAGGAUGAGGAUGAGGGGGAAAAUGAUGUUGGUGUAAAGUGUAAGUUGAAAAAUCAGGGCAGGAAAACGGUAAUGCUAAAGGAAGGCGUCCUGUUGUUGUAGAGGAGGAUGAUGAGUUUUAUGAUGAUCUUGAAGUUGAUGCUCGUGCUGCUAAGUUGAAGAUGAAAGAGCGCAGUAGGAAGUAUGCUAAGAGCAGGCGUUUAGCUAAUGAUGUAGAGGAUGAAGGAAAUGAUGAUGAAGAGGAUGACGAGGAAGAUGGAGAAGCUGAUGUCCGUAGAGUGGGGAAGAAGCAUCCGAAGCAUG